GGUUCUGAUGGGGUUUGAUGUUCUGCUGUCUGUCCCUUCCUAGCAAGAUGAAAACCGACCUGGAGCUCGCCUUGGAGUGCGCCAUCAACAUCUACCACCAGUAUGCCAUCAAGAAACCCAUCGAUGACUACCUGGACAAGCCGGAGUUCUCCCAGCUGCUGAAGGAGACUGCCAAGCCCUUCCUCCAGAACACCAAGCCGCCCAGUGUGUCCGUUGAUGAGUACAUCAGCAACCUCUUUGCCAAAGCAGACCGCAACCACGACGGUCGCCUCAAGUUCACCGAGUUCCUCACCACGCUGAAUCUUGUCCUCAUUGAUGCCCACAAUAGGUCCCAUGGGAAACAUGACCACCAUCAUGGUGCCGGCCAUGGCCAUGACCAUGAUCAUGGACAUGAUCAUGGCCAUGACCAUGACCACGGCCACGGUCCCAGAAAGUGAAGUGCUUCCCAUGUCUGAGCCCAUGGGAUUGUGCUUUUCCAGCAGCACUGUCCCUUCCAUUCGUCCUCCAGCACAGACAAGCCUGUAACCAUUAUUUUCUUCUACCUAUGGCAUUGAAAUAAAAUGUCUUUCUUCAAGCACCAAAUGCAUCUGUAAUAUGUGUCUUAUCUCCAGGAAGGAUGCAACACGCAUCAAGGGGUUAAAUCUGAGGGGUUUAAUGCAGGUUGAACUGGAGAAACAAUGGGAAUGGGAAGGGAAGGUGGCGUGGAGGGAUCCCAGCUCCCAGAACAACAGCGCUGCUGGGUCCCAUUGAGCUGCACAGGGUCCCUGUCCUAAAGCAUGUCACAACCCCAAUGUGUUCCCACUGUCUUUGUGAGGCUCAGCAAGGUCCCUACACGGAGUGGUUGGCCCCAGCACCCUUUGCCUCAGCAGACAGUGGGGUGCCUAGAACCCCAUCACAGGGGAAGCUCCUGCACGAGAGCAUCCUCAGCCUUGGCUCUCCCAGCCCCUCUUUGUAUCAGCUUCAGGAUGUGCCAGGGGUGAAGUCCCC